AUGGGUUUGAUGACACUACUUGAAGGCUUUCUGCUUCUUGCAAAUGCACUAGCAAUAUUAAAUGAGGACCGCUUCCUUGCGCCUAGAGGAUGGAGCCUUGCAGAAUUCUCAGUGGGCAGGACAAAGUCAGUCAAGGGACAGAUUAUAGGUCUCAUUUACGCAACACAGUACUUGAGAGUUCCUCUCGUACUACUCAAUACCGUCUGCAUUGUUCUAAAAUUGAUAUCUGGGUGA